GUCCAAUCAAACGGGACCUCAGUUUUAAAUGUGAACCGAUAUUCCUUCUCCGAAAAACACAACAAUACCGACAGUAACAGGACCCGCAUUUGGAUUUAAAACAUUAUAAGACUCGGUGUGUCUGUUUUAGUUAUCCAUCACACUUUGUCUUUUGUCUGCCUUUGGGCGUCUGUUGUUUCAUGGGAACCCAGGAAGGAGAAAGAAAUUGGGUUGAUGUGGCUAAUGAUCUACUCAGCAAGUGUCACAUAAAACUGAGGCUGAGGAAACUGACAGACUGUAAUGCAGAUGUUUUCAUCGCUUUAUACGAGAACAUCUUAGGAGAGAAGGUUCCAGAUUAUAUAGCGGCGCCAUGCAGUCAAGAGGAUGACGUUCAUAAUGUCCAGUGUGUGAUUGAUUCCCUGUCAUUGGAUUACCUCCAGAUCAGCCUCUCACACAUUACAGGAGAAAAUGUUGUUAGUGGGGAUAAAGAGUCGAUCAAGAACCUUCUGGAAAUUUUCGAUGGCCUCCUGGAGUACCUGAACGAGGAGAUCAACGAGGAAUCGCAGAACAGCAGUGAAUUAAGUGACGCUCUGAAUCCGGAUGAACCGGUUAAAACCAAGGAGCCCACUGAAGUUGAAGCCACGACGCAGCUGGAAGCAAGCCUGCCAGGAACAUCUGGAUCACCCAGUGUAGAAUCUACGGUUCAAUCCAAUAAAAAUGCUCUCCGUUCCUUGGAUUCUGAGGUCGGCUCAGCCGGUGAGCUUGUUGGACCGAGAGUCUCUGCAGGCACCUUUACAGACAAACAAGAAGAACUGAUCGUCCCUCCUCAAACCUCAGAUGAAGCCACUCCCUCCAGCUGUUUGGACAACAAUGAUCCACAGACUGAACAGAUGCACUCAGCUGUCCCGCUACAGCCACCCAAGCAGAGGGACACCGCCCACAGUCCUGGCCCACCACCCACAGCUGCUGACUUCACAGGAGCACCUGGAGAGGAGGACACCAAUCCUGCCCCGACACAG